CUGCAGAUACUCUGUAAUGAAGUGGCAGGUGAGUGUGCACUUAAGAACAAAAGGUUGUGCCACUUUACCUGCAAGACAUCGUUCAGGGCUUUACUGGAAACUCGUUUUCCUGCCCGAUCCCAAUGCGCAUGCGCUUCAUCUAAUAAUGAGCCGUUUUGGGUUUUAUUUCAUUUUCCUCUUCUUAUUAUAUAAAAGCCCGAGUCUGAUUCUCUUCCUGUGUUUCGCCGUUUACGUUUACAUCCAUUACAGGACGCGGUAAACGAAAAUAAUUAUUUGUAUAUGUUUGUCUAUAUGGAGGAAAACGGACGAGCCAUAAACCAGACACAUAUCGAUUCCCCUUUUUCCUUCACCGCUUUGUAAACACGUCAUGUAGCUCUCGUCCUUGUGGACUCGCCUCUGAAUGGCGUCAGACUGAAGUGAUGGACUGUGCUGUUCUUGUCCCGGAGGUCGACCCGGACAGCAUCACACACCGGAGCGGUUACGUUACGGAGCGGCGAUAAGACCACCGAGAUGUUUGAUAAGAGACUCUUAUAAACACCGAGACAGAGGAUGUCCGGGGACAGUCUGCUCUCAAGGACCAGAGGGGACCAUUCAAACCAGUUCUUUGACGACACUUGCCUGCCACUUGGUUCGCAUCAUGGGUCUCCUACUGUCAGUCUGGGUGUACAACAAGGCAGCCGACAGCCCUCCACCCCCUUCAUCCGCCUUUCCCCUGCUAGCCGUCCCAACCUCCUCUCGCCUUGCGGUCACUUUGAACUCUCGCCCGGUUUCUCCACAAGAUGGCCGCUCGCACUGGAGCUCAGACCACCGCUCUCCUCACUUCCUGCUAUCGCCCUGCCAACAGGAAGUGACACGUUCGCCUGCUGAGCUUAGCAGUGAUGGAGUGAGGGCAGAAAUGGGGGUGAAGACUGGGCUUCAUGUCUGGGAGUUGUUGUGGAGCCCCGAACACAGAGGGAGCCAUGCUGUCUUGGGCGUUUCAAGGCGGGGAUGUCCUCUGCAGGCCUCGGGGUACAAUGUGCUGGUGGGUGGAGACUCACAGUCCUGGGGCUGGGAGCUCAAAACCAAUCAGCUCUGGCAUGAUGGACAAACUCUGCAGCAUUACCCAGGGAAAAGGAGGAGUUGUCACUCUGCGGCUGUAAGCGAUUUUAGGGUACAGUCGUCAUCAAACACAGAGGAAGUGGCAGACACACCUCUCCUAAUUCCUGAGCGUGUCCUGCUGGUCCUGGACGCUGAUGAGGGGACACUGGGGUUUGUUGUUGAUGGCAGCUACCUAGGAGUUGCAUUUAAGGACCUCCCUCGCGGAGUGGAGUUGUUUCCAGCGGUGAGCAGUGUGAGAGGGGGAGCCAGCAUACGUCUACGGUACCUGAACGGAACCAAGCGCGAUCCCCCGACCCUGAUGGAUUUAAGUGGACUGUCGAUUCGUCAGUUUUUAGGACGGCAAAGGCAGGAUCAAACGGACAAACUGCCUCUUCCCCCUUUUCUCCAGCGCUACCUACUGGAUUAAUUUUCACACACGGAUACAGGAAUUUUAUAUGUGCUUGUUGCUUGAGUUUAUUUAUUGUUCAUCUUAUUUAUUAAAAAUAUUAAAAAGUAUUUGUAAUGUGAAACGUUCUUGUGUUUCUUUGAAACGUGCUUGGCAAAGCUACCCUUUCUUGUUUUGUAUACACAAUAAAAUAAAUUUAAAUUUAA